CAGUCCACGUGGACCUGCACAAGAUUGAGAGAAAACUUUACCUUUCUUUACCAUUUGAACAAAAAAUUGAGAGUUGAAUCAAUGACCCAUCCAAACCCUAAUUUUUCGGUGAGUUCAUCAUAUCAUCAUCUUCAUCACCUCAUGUAUCCAUCAUUACAUCAUCACUUUAUGUUUACAAAUACUUUCCAUAUAACAACAAAUCAAAAGCAACGAUAUGCAGCAGGAGUAGUAGUUUCAUUUUCACUGAGUAACAAUUCACAAAGACAAAUUAAACCUAAACCACCUGCAAGAGACAGAGUAAUAGAUUUCGGAAAAUACAAAGGAAACAUGCUAGGAACACUACCUUCAAACUAUCUCAAAUGGGUUUCAAAAAACUUCAUAGCACGUGAUUUUGAAGAUUGGGCAAAGCUUGCAGAUGAAGUUCUUGCAGAUCCAGUUUACAAAGACCGAAUCGAAUGGGAGUUUGCUUAUAAUCUCUUGAGUGGUGACAAAGCUUCUUAUGCUUCUGUUGUUGCUAGAUCUGGUAGUGUAGCGGUUGAACUUCAAGAGAUUAGUGAGAGGUUUGGUUGGGAUAAUGAUGAUAAACUUGGUUGGAGUAAAAUUGAUUUUAAACGUCUUGGUACUUCUUAUGGAGGUAGAAUUCCUAGAAUUGGGAAUCGUAAAUCGAGUGAUGCCGAUGCCCAUGCAAAGACCAACCAGAAACCUUCUGCUGCUGCUGCUACUACUAGUAAUAGUAGUAGUAGGAGUAAGAGGAUGGAGAGAAGAGAGAGACAGAAAAUGAGAUUAAGGAGUAGUGCACAUGAAGAAACACAACAAGAACAAGAGAAGGAGGAUAUGGUGGGUGAUACUGAACAAGUUAAAGAUGAUGAUAGUGUUGUUGGCAGCCGAUUCCCUGGACGUCAGGCUCUUCUCCGUAAGGCCAUCAACCGCCGCAAAAUUCCUUAAACUAAAAGAUUAGUGCGGUGGCAAUCAUGACUGUAUGUAUGCAGUGAACAUCGAUCAAGAUCAUUUGGAAUUUGUCUGAAAGCCGGUACAAUGCAUGGAUUCCUACACUAGUUAAGUGCAAUUUGAAGAAAGAGAAAAAUAAUAGAAACACUAAGCAUGUGUCUAAAUAGGUAUACUCGUAAUUAUUUUUUAAAGGUCAAGUGUGCACAAGCUUGUUUUAAUCAUUGAAUCAAUAAAUUUCACCAUUGAUCAAUAUGCACAUCGCAUCUCAUUUGAUCUAAUUGUAGACUUAUUGAUCAUCUAAUGGUGAAAACAAGUUUGUUCAUGGUGAAAGAUUUGUUUAACUUGUGCACUUUAGACAAAAACUUUUUUUGAAACAUGUAUACUAUACUCAUAAUUAUUAUACAGAUA